GCUGAUGGAUGAAAACACCUAAAACGACGCGAUAACUGCUCUCAGGUUUCUCUCUCACAGUCUCACCUCUUUGUUCCUCUUGGUUCCUCUCUGAUUGUAGACUACGCCUCUGACACUUGUGUCUGUGAAAAUAGUCCUGAAUAGUCCGUCUGCUUAAUGUAGGUUAGGUAGUUUCUAUUACUGCUUCUAUAUUAUGGAAGUGAGAUGCAGACGUUGCUGUAAAUCUCUUUUCAAAGGUGAUUCUAUCUUAUUCAAUGCGCAUCAUGAGGUAAAACAACAGAUGACAGAUGUAGGAUGCCAAGCGAACGAGUCUAAUUGUUCGUAUAUGACUCUGGAAAAUGCACCAGAUUGGAUUAUAAAUGCUAUUGAUCAAGGAUCUUGGACUAAGGGAAAAUUACAUUGUCCGUACUGCAAUAGUCGCUUAGGAUUUUUCAACUUUGUGAAUGAGAUGAAAUGCUGCUGUGACAAAUAUGUGAGACCUCCUAUAAGAAUAGUUAAUUCUAGAGUAGAUAUUAUGUGAAAAUUUAAGUCGAGUAAAGACAGACCUGUGUAUGUAUAUAUAUAUAUUUUUUUGUUUUACAUAUUUGUAAGAACUACCUUCAUAAAAUCACUUGGUAAAAUUGUGAAAAAUAUAUUUCUAUAGAAAUUA